UGAGAAGGUUGUAGGAAGCUAUAGGAACCAUCUAGCAUGACAAUGCCCAAUACCAAUAGCAUGUUGAACUUUUCCUGUAUAGCUUAUGCAGCUAUUGUCGUCCUAGCCCUAGGCAGUAGAACCUGUAGUUGCUUGCAGUUUACUUAUCCCAACUUCAACGCAAUCAAUAUGGAUGAUUUCACCUUCAGCCCAGGCUCAACAAUUGCAGAUGGUGCCUUGCAGAUCACCCCAAGUACCGGAAACAUGCGCCACCGGUCAGGGAGAGUGGUUUAUGCAAGGGAAACCCUCAACCUGUGGAACAACAAGCGCAUGGCACCCACCUCGUUCAGGACAGAUUUCCUGCUCAACAUCCUCCCCGGUCAGAAUGGGGCUGGAGAAGGUAUGGCAUUUGUGCUCACAAACAAUCCAUCGUUGCCCAGCAACAGCAGUGGCCAGUGGCUUGGCAUAUGCAAUGACACGACAGACGGCACAAAUACGGACCCAGUUGUAGCCGUCGAGUUUGACACAAGGAAGAGCUACGAGGAUGACCUUGAUGGCAACCAUGUCGGCAUCGACAUCAACAGCAUCAAAUCUAUUCGGCAAUACCCACUUAGUAAUGUUUCCAUCAUCCUCUCAAGUGGCUCUGAUGUAUGGGUCAGUAUCAGGUACCACGGCACAUCAAAAUUGUUUCAAGUAUUUCUAGUCCAACACAGCAUCCGUGGGCGGUAUGUCUACCAAGGAGAUAUCUAUAUUGAUCUAUCAAAGCUUCUGCAGGACAAGAUAUAUCUGGUAUUUGCAGGUUCCACUGGCAACUUCACCCAACUGAACCAGAUAAAGUCAUGGAACUUCACCAUGAUAGAUGAAUAAGCAUGCGUUUCAUUGGCCUUCGACAGAAAAUUAGCGGGAGAUGUAGUUGUCGGACGUCGGGUUGCUCUUGACGGGAGGGGCUCGACAGCACAACAGUUUCUGCUCCAUGACCUCUACUUCUCUCAUGGGGAAGUGAGUAUUGUGGAAAGUUGUACUAUUGUAUUGAGAGUGUUGAGUGUUCACUAUGGUGUGCUUGUGAAGUUGUACGUUACAUUCCUGCUUGUUUUCUGGCCGAAUAAUUUUAUACAUGUAUCAGUUCUUUUAAUCA